GUCACCCAGGGGCGCGACCCGAAAGCCCUCCUCCCCUCAGCGGCUGGCGUCAGGCUGAGCCAGGCGGAACCCAGGCCAGCGGUGGCGUUUCCGGCGGGCAGCGUAAGGCUGGGGUCCCUGGAGUCGGCCGCCUACGGGCGCCCCGCACGGGCUGCGUCCCGCCAUGAAGUUUCGGGCUAAGCUCGUGGAUGCGGCCUGUCUGAACAACUUCACGCGAGUUAGUAACAUGAUAGCCAAGCUUGCCAAAACCUGCACUCUGCGUAUCAGCCCGGAUAAGUUGAACUUCAUCCUCUCUGACAAGGUGGCCAGUGGAGGGGUGAGCAUGUGGUGUGAACUGGAGCAGGAGAACUUCUUCAGCGAAUUUCAAAUGGAAGGUGUCUCCGCAGAAAACAAUGCGAUUUAUUUAGAGCUAACAUCGGAAAAUUUAUCUCGAGCCUUGAAAACUGCCCAGAAUGCCCGAGUCUUGAAAAUCAAGCUGACUAAUAAACACUUUCCCUGCCUCACAGUUUCUAUAGAGCUGUUAUCUGUGUCAAGCAGUAGUCGUGUUGUGACACAUGACAUCCCUGUAAAGGUUAUUCCUCGAAAACUGUGGAAGGACUUACAAGAACCGACGGUCCCGGACGCUGACGUUAGUAUUUAUUUACCAGUCUUGAAGACUAUGAAGAGCAUUGUGGAGAAGAUGAAAAACAUCAGCAAUCACCUUAUUAUUGAAGCAAACCUAAAUGGAGAAUUGAACUUGAAAAUAGAAACUGAACUAGUAUGUGUUACAACUCAUUUUAAAGAUCUUGGAAAUCCUCCAUUAGCUUCUGAAAAUGCUUCUCAAAAUAGAAACUCAGAGCAAAUGGCUGAAGUGCACAUAGACAUUAGGAAGCUCCUACAGUUCCUUGCUGGACAACAAGUAAAUCCUACAAAGGCCACAUGCAAUAUUGUGAAGAACAAGAUUGUUCAUUUUGACCUGCUCCAUGAAGACGUCUCCCUGCAGUAUUUCAUCCCAGCGUUGUCGUAACCCCACCUAUGGGAUCGGGGAGCUCAGGGACUUUGGUCUGGACCUGAAGAGGCCGUAGGGCGAUGUGUUCUAAGUCAUUUGUCUCUGUCCCAACAGCAGUGAAAUCCUAUGUAUUUUUACUUUUUUUCCCCUUCUAUAAUAUUUUAACUAGAAAUUGAAUUAAUGAAUUAAUGAAACACAGUUGGAUAAACAUUUCUUCAUAUUAUUUCUUUAUUAUGUCUGCUUUGUUUUGCCUUUAAGACGUUGAAAACAAAAGUUAAAAUUUAUUUAUUCAUACUUUAAACUUUCUUAUUAAAGUUGUAAAAAUCCUCCUGUGUUUCAAAUUGGUGUAGUAAUCAAAACUGGCAAAGAUAAUGUUUGCUGAGCCUGGCACUUUUCCCCAAGGCACUGUCUCCAGCUCAGCAUGUCACUGUGGGAACAGACCUGGGGCACUUAAGUUUCCGUGUGCUUGGAGCUCAAGAAGGUGAGGACGGCCCUCCUGCCACCUCUGUCCCACAGAGCGGACCCCGCAGAGCAUCUUGGGGUCGGGCUGCACUUGGUGCGGCCUUGUCAUGACGCCCAUGGACACUGGAGUUGGCCCCUGUGGUGCCGUGAGGUGGUCCCGCUGCCCCAGCUCCCAGUGUCUCCCUGAGGCCGGUGUGGUCUCAGUUGUCAUCUCACAGUUCUUUCUUCCACAGUGCUUUGAGUCUGCCAUUCUGGAAAGGGGAGAAGCAAACGAGACUUCGGUCAGGGUCAGUAGUCAGUGAGGACCCACAUUUGUGUUUGGACGUCACAGCUGGUGCAGGUCCUGGCAGGCCUGCAUUCUUCUCCUCCCAAAGGCAUCCUGCAUCAUAAUUCCUGUCAUGAUUGAGUUGCGCUUGUCCUGUGUGGGUGGACAUCAUAAACACCAUCUCAGCAUCACACUGCAGAACUGAGAAAUGAGGCAGUUGCUUAGGAUAAGAGGAAGAAAUGGAACAUCAGCAAAAUUGAAAAAUUAUUUUAUGUGUUUUUCCUAUUGUUUGGUAAAAACCAGUGUAUUUGGAUGACUUCCAGUGCUCACUAAUGUUAGUUCCAAUGGGAUGUAAUAUUCUGUUAAGCUAACACUUUAAAAUCAGAAUCAGGAUAUUAUUUGAAUUUUGAAGCCUCUCUCCUGUCUGUGGCUUAUAGCAAACUAAUUCCAGUUGCGGUGAUAAAAUUUAAAACUCAUUACGUACAAUGAAGCAACACUUGAAAGUAGUUUUAUAAAACGUAGAUUUCUGUUAAAAUGUGGUAGCGACUCACCAAUCUGGAAAACUCGCUAUUUCUGAUUGUUUAAAUGAUGAUUUAUAACGUAUAAUGAAGAUAAUCUAGGACUCUUUAGCAUAAGUUAAUAAUAACAGAGCACAUCUCCUCAUCUGCAUUACACAACAUGCCUUCAAGUUUUGUCUCUCAAGAAUUUAACAUGCAUCCUUUGGCCUCCCACUGUCCGGGGUCAGAUAUGGUGGUCCUGAGGAGGACGCGUGGGCAGGACCUGUCCCGAUCAGAGCAGUAUGGACCCUGAGGAGCUCGAGUGACCUGCCCUGCGCCACACCGCUGGUGGCAGGGGUGGGAUUCGAACACAGGGAUUCUGAUUUCCCUUUCCCUCGCUUCUGCUACGUGACCAGAAUAGAGAAUAAUACGUUUCAGAGUUAACAGUAACCAACCAUUUUGGGAAUCUGGAAAGAACGUCUUAGUUUUUUUUUUUUUUUUUAAACAUCUUUAUUGGAGUAUAAUGGCUUUACAUUGUUGUGUUAGUUUCUGCUGUAUAACAAAGUGAAUCAGCUAUACAUAUACAUAUAUCCCUAUAUCCGCUCAUUCUUGUGUCUCCCUCCCACCCUCCCUAUCCCACCCCUCUAGGUGGUCACAAAGCACUGAGCUGAUCUCCCUGUGCUAUGCGGCUGCUUCCCACUAGCUAUCUGUUUUACGUUUGGUAGUGUAUAUAUGUCCAUGCCACUCUCUCACUUUGUCCCAGCUUACCCUUCCCCCUCCCCGUGUCCUGAAGUCCAUGCUCUAGUAGGUGUGUGUCUUUAUUCCCAUCUUGCCCCUAGGUUCUUCAUGACCAUUUUUCUUUCUUUUUUUUCUUAGAUUCCACAUAUAUGUGUUAGCAUAUGAUAUUUGUUUUUCUCUUUCUGAAUUACUUCACUCUGUAUGACAGACUCUAGGUCCAUCCACCUCACUACAAAUAACUCAAUUUCGUUUCUUUUUAUGGCUGAGUAAUAUUCCAUUGUAUAUAUGUGCCACAUCUUCUUUAUCCAUUCAGCUGUUGAUGGACACUUAGGUAGUUUCCAUGUCCUGGCCAUUGUAAAUAGAGCUACAAUGAACAUUUUGGUACAUGACUCUUUUUGAAUUAUAGUUUUCUCAGGGUAUAUGCCCAAUAGUGGGAUUGCUGGGUCGUAUGGUAGUUCUAUUUUUAGUUUUUUAAGGAACCUCCAUAGUGUUCUCUAUAGUGGCGGCACCAAUUUACAUUCCCACCAACAGUGCAAGAGGGUUCCCUUUUCUCCACACCCUCUUCAGCAUUUAUUGUUUCUAGAUUUUUUGAUGAUGGCCAUUCUGACUGGUGUGAGGUGACACCUCAUUGUAGCUUUGAUUUGCAUUUCUCUAAUGAUUAGUGAUGUUGAGCAUCCUUUCAUGUGUUUGUUGGCAAUCUGUAUAUCUUCUUUGGAGAAAUGUCUGUUUAGGUCUUCUGCCCAUUUUUGGAUUGGGUUGUUUGUUUGUUUGAUAUUGAGCUGCAUGAGCCGCUUGUAUAUUUUGGAGAUUAAUCCUUUGUCCGUUGUUCAUUUGCACAUAUUUUCUUCCAUUUUGAGGGUUGUCUUUUUGUCUUGUUUAUGGUUGCCUUUGCUGGGCAAAAGCUUUUAAGUUUCAUUAGGUCCCAUUUGUUUAUUUUUGUUUUUAUUUCCAUUUCUCUAGGAGGUGGGUCAAAAAGGAUCUUGCUGUGAUUUAUGUCAUAGAGUGAAGAAUGUCUUAGUUUUAAAUCUGCUAUGAUAAAGUAAGUUUACAUGCAAUUUUUUUUUUUUUGUGGUACGUGGGCCUCUCACUGCUGUGGCCUCUCCCGUUGCGGAGCACAGGCUCCGGACGCGCAGGCUCAGCGGCCAUGGCUCACGGGCCCAGCCUAUCCGCGGCAUGUGGGAUCCUCCCAGACUGGGGCACGAACCCGUGUCCCCUGCAUCGGCAAGCGGACUCUCAACCACUGUGCCACCAGGGAAGCCCUACAUGCAAUUUUUAAAAUGUCAUAAAACCAGAUAUAAUUUCCCUCAGCUCUGCAUAGUGUUCAUUUAGGGAGACCUGAUUUGGACUGUUUUAUGGAUGGCUUAGGUUUUCUCUGCAUGGACGUGGCCGAAGGGGGCCUUCCUUGGAGUGGCAAAGCCGGGUCUCCUUCUGACUGUCAGCAAGUCUGGCAGCUCAGUGUCUGCCUCAGCCGUUGCUCCCGCAGAGCUGCUCAGAGCUGCUGAGUGAGGGUGGCCCUUCCUCCCAUGGGGGAGGUAGCAGACGUGGCGACCUGGGGAGACAACGGUGCUGCUGUACAGAACAAGUAUCCCAGGGCAGGAUAUCACUAGGUCACGAAAUAGCAGUUUAGUCCGUUUAAAAGAAAGAAUAUAAUUUGAGAAAUUAACUUAUUUCAAGACUGACAUCUCCCGAUGUUGAGGUCUCUUCUUAACCUGCUCUCUGGGUUUUAGAGACAUGCUUUGGCUGGCUGCGAUUGUGGAAGGAGCUGCUGUGUGGAGGGCUGUCCUGGGUGGUCCUGCUCAGGCCCACGUUGCUUUGGGCACAUGUCUGGGCUAAGUUUGGGGGCCAUCCUGUAUUGGGUCCGGGAUGUCUAAGAAUCCAAGCACCUCAUCCACCUACAUGCGGGGCCCACCUGCCCACCGUGAUCCCCAGGGCCUGGUGGAGGCGGCCUGGAAUGUGGCCUCAGCAUCAGUCCUGCGUUGGAAUUCUGGCUCUGCCCCAGGAGCGGGAGGUGUUUGAUGGCUUCGUGUCCUUGGCGGAUGCUGUCCGAUGAGCAAGAGCGUCGUUUUGAAGAGAUGCGGUUGUGUCCCUUUAUGUGGAUUCUAGUGGGGGUUCGAAAGGAAGCUUGGGCGUUUCUGUGUUUUUACAGCUUCUUCUCAGUGCAGGGGGUAAGAACCACCUGUUGUGAGGUGAUCAGGGAGAUACGUCGUCCCCUCAGACACUGCUAUGGGAGUGUGACUUGAUAGCACUUUUUUUGGAGUCCAGUUUGGCAUUUACUAUAUAUGGAAAGCCUUAAAAUGGUAUGUACUGUUUGAUUAAAUACUCAUUAAAUACUCCUUAUAGGAAUUUACAUACAUAUUCAAAGGUGGUUUUUAUACUCUUAUACUGAAAAAAACAUGAAAUAGGUGAUUGGUUAAACAGUCUCUAUUUCAUACUCUGAAAGUAAUGUUACAGGGACUUCCCUGGUGGUCCAAUGGUUAAGACUCUGCACGUCCAAUGCUGGGGACAUAGGCUUGAUGCACGGUCGGGAACUAAGAUCCCACAUGCCACGCAGUGUGACCAAAAAAAUAAAAGUAAUGUUACAGAAAAAAAUAUACUGAUAUGGCAAAAUGUUUAUGACUUAAAGUUACAAAAGCAGACCAGGCAUUAGUGUGUACCAUCUGAUCCCAGUUUGCAGAAUACUAAUGUACAUGUGUAUGUAUGAGAAAAAGAUUGGGGAGAUAGGCACCAGUAUUUAAACUUGGUUAUUUCUGGAUGUUUUAUUUCAAUUUUUGUAAAUUAAGUAUUUUCUAAAACCUUUAUAAUUUUCUUUGUUGGAACAUAUGUAUAUGUAUAACUGAUUCACUUUGUUAUAAAGCAGAAACUAACACACCAUUGUAAAGCAAUUAUACCCCAAUAAAGAUGUUAAAAAAAAACAAUAACAAAAGGUAGCAUUAGUAACAGCAGCAAUAAAAGACUCAAAUUUUUACUGAAAAAAAAAAAUUUGCUUUGUGACAAAAACAUUUUUAAGGGACUGAGUAAUAAUAUUUAUUAUUUGAAUGCAGUGCAUAAUCAACUGGCAGUUACAGUUUCCUUAAUAUUGGACUUUAGACUUAAUUUUCACGGCACGUCCUUAUUCACAAGUAGAAAACUAAACUUGUUUGUCAUGUUGAAAUUACCACGGGUUUGAAAUACUGAGUCUGGAUCAAUAUGGUAAGAUCGCUUCACAGAAUAAUCUCUUAUCGUGGGCCCAUCACGCAUGAGGCUGAGUCAGUGUAUGUAAGAAAGUCUUUGUAAGACAGUUCAAGUUCCAGGCCAGGGGAUUUGGGGAGAAGUUCCAGGCCAGGGGAUUUGGGGAGACAGACUCCUGAUGACAUGAAAGAAGACCCCAGGGAUAGCAGGGGAAUAGGAGCCGCCCUGCUGAGAGCCAGGACUCUCCGUUGUCGCUGUCCCCGGAGUGAGCCGUGUUCUGACCAUGCUCAGCGCAGAGGGAGCCCUGUGUCCACAGCCCGAACCUGGGGGAGACGCCGGCCCUUCCCGGCAUCCGCAUCCUGGGCUUACUAGAGAACAGCCUCUGGAGUAGUGACUGACGCGCUCCCCCCGGUGGCGUGUAGAGGAAGUGCAGCUCUCGGCACUUUUCUAAACUGGGAAUCUGGUCAGAACACGAGAAACGGUACUGUUCCUGACAGUCUGCUGCUGCCCAGCCCUGUGUUUUAAACGGCUUCAACAUUUAGGCGCUUGGAAAGCACCUAGGAGCCUUCCUUAGGGAGGGAAACCUUCCUUAGGGUGAGGAACCCCAGGUCAGGCUUUCUGGGUGGAAGAGAAGCCAAGGAGCAGAGAGUGACACCCCGACUGGGCCUGGGGCUCCCUCGUGAGCUGUGCUCUCUUCUGUUCCUUCCUCCUUGCUUGAGUAAACCCGGCAGAGGGGCAGGAGGAGGCGGGGUGCAGGGCCUCACUCACCUCACCAAGGGGGCCGAGCCCCUUCUAUGCAGGCUUCCGCAGCAUCCCUGCCUCAGGGCUUCACCGUUUCUGCAGCAAGCGGACCUCCCAAAUCAAGAACAUCAUGCUCAGCGUGAUGUGGGGUGUUCCUAAUGCCUCAGGCCGACCUCCCUUCACACCGGGCGCGUCUGAAGUGACCCGGAAACCGAUGGCUCGAUUUCAGCUCCGGCCACCUGCUGGGGACCGUGGCCGCAUCCUGAGUCUGCACGACAAACGACAAACGCAGAGUUUGACUUGCAUCACAUGGUUAGAUUGAUUUAAAUGCGAAGGUUUCUAGAGAUGAUUUCAUUCAUAUUUUAUGAUAUUAGUUACAUCAAAUAAUGUAUUUGGUGUGGCUUUAGAUGUGGAUUUGGUUUUUCUAAUUCCUUCUCAUUUUGCUUAUCUUACUGUGUUUGGGGUCUCCUUUUUGCACGCUUCAGGUUCAUAGUUCCCAUUGUUUUUGGUGUCUGUCCCCAGUGGCUAAGGUUGGUUCAGUGGGUUGUGUAGGCUUCCUGGUGGAGGGGACUAGUGCCUGUGUUCUGGUGGAUGAGGCAGGAUCUUGUCUUUCUGGUGGGCAGGUCCACGUCUGGUGGUGUGUUUUGGGGUGUCUGUGGACUUACUAUGAUUUUAGGCAGCCUCUCUGCUAAUGGGUGGGGUUGUGUUCCUGUUUUGCUAGUUGUUUGGCAUAGGGUGUCCAGCGCUGUAGCUUGCUGGUUGUUGAGUGAAGCUGGGUGCUGGUGUUGAGAUGGAGAUCUCUGGGAGAUUUUUGCCGUUUGAUAUUAUGUGGAGCUGAGAGGUCUCUUGUGGACCAGUGUCCUGAAGUUGGCUCUCCCACCUCAGAGGCACAGCACUGACUCCUGGCUGCAGCACCAAGAGCCUUUCAUCCACAUGGCUCAGAAUAAAAGGGAGAAAAAGUAGAAAGAAAGAAUUAGUAGAAGUAGAAAGAAAGAAAGAAAGAAAGGAGGGAGGGAGGGAGGAAGGAAGGAAGGAGGGAAGGAAGGAAAAAAAGAAAGAAGAUAAAGUAAAAUAAAGUAAGAUAAAAUAUAAUAGAGUUAUUAAAAUAAAAUAAUUAUUAAGAAAAAAAGCGGAGGGGUAGAACACUAGGACAAAUGGUGGAAGCAAAGCUAUACAGACAUAAUCUCACACUGAAGCAUGAACAUACACACUCACAAAAAGAGGAAAAGGGGAAAAAAUCAUAAAUCUUGCUCUCAAAGUCCACCUCCUCAAUUUGUGAUGAUUUGUUGUCUAAAGGAGGGAAGCAAGGAAAGAAAGAAAGAAAGAAAAUAAAGUAAAAUAAAAUAAAGUUAUUAAAAUAAAAAAUAAUUAUUAAGAAAAAUUAAAAAAACAUGAUUAGUGAGUUUAAUCCAUUUAAAUUUAAACUAAUGAUUGAUUGUAGUUAUAGUUAUUAAUACUUUUGUCUUUUAAAUAUUUAACUAGGGUUAAAAGUGAUUUGUGCACUACCAUUACAGUAUUGCAUUGUUUUUUAUUUGUCUAUAUAUUUACCAGUAAAAUUUAUACUUUCUUA